AUGGCAUGUCAGCUGGGAUGCUCCAAAAGCACCGUUUUUAAAAAACUAUAUGAGUUUGGUAUGCCAAUGCGUGAGAGAUAUUCUGACAUAUCCAAUGACGACCUUAUAAUUAAGGGUUACCUCAAAUACACGAAGAGCAUCCUAAUGCCGGAUUUACGAGCAAGAGGUAUUAACAUACAAAGACAGAGAAUUAGAAAGGCAUUAUAUACAGCUGAUCCCAUUGGCACGGCAAACCGAUCAUUUAAAAUUGUCAAGGCCGAGCCUGUGUUAAAUUUUUUUGCGGCUGCAGUCGGCAGUUAUGGACUCCCUUCACGAGUGAGGUCAGAUCAUGGCUACGAAAAUAUCCUAGUGGCUAUGUUGAAUCAACAUGGACCGAUUUCCCAGGGUUUAAAAAGAGGAAGCCACAUAACUGGGAAAUCGGUCCAUAACCAGCGCAUAGAGCGUCUGUGGGUGGACGUUUUUAAAGAAGUAUGUGAAGCUGUAUAUUGUGAGCUAUAUUCUCUUGAAGAUGAUGGUUUGUUGGACGUAGAAAAUGUUGUACAUAUCUUUUGUGUGCAGUAUGUGUACAAAAAAGUAGUUAACAAUAGAUUAGAAUCCUUUCAAAGUGCAUGGAACCUAAACAGUGUGCGAACCGAAAGAAAUAAGACACCAAGACAAUUAUGGAUUGAAGGAGCUUUAACGAAUUAUAAUAAUACGUCGACUGCUGAUUCUAGCAGGAGAUUGCUUUCUUCGUUGAAGACUAGGACACUAUUUCCACUAAACGAACACACCCGGAACACUACAUGAACAUUUACAAACAUGUAACUUUUAAAUUAAAUAAAUGAUAUUUUUAUAUUAAGGUAUGGUAUUAUUUUAUUAUUACUUUUUUUAACGUUAAUGUUACCUAGAAAUAUAGACCGUU